AUGCCACCAAAAGCAUCAGGCAAAGCCAUCAAAAAAGCUGGCAAAGCAGUGAAGGACAUUUCUAAGGGUGACAAGAAGAAGAAGCACAACAAAAGGAAGGAAAGCUACGCCAUUUUUAUCUGCGAGGUUCUGAAACAAGUCUAUCCCGACACUGGCGUAUUUUCCAAAGCAAUAAGCAUUAUAAAUUGCUUCGUAAAUGACAUCUUCAAACGCGUUGCCUUCGAAGCUUCCCGUUUGGCUCAUUACAACAAGCGAUUCACCAUGACUUCUCGGAUAAUCCAAACAGCAGUCAGACUAUUACUCCCUAAUGAGCUAGCUAAACACGCCGUCUUUAAGGGAACCAAGACUGUUACCAAAUACGCAAGCUCCAAGUAA